UUUGCAAUCGAUAAUGCGGACGAACCGGAUCCUUGCCGCGCUGCUGGCCGUGGCCAUGGCCGGCGCCAUGAGCAGCGAGCUUGGCGACGACGGCGUCGUCUUCGAUAGCACGCUCUCGGCGAUCGAGAUCUUCCAGAAGGAGCACCCGGACAUCGCGGCCGCCCACGACGAGAUGCAGCGCCUCAUGCUCGAAGAGUUCGACGCCGCCGAGAAGGCCAUGCGGGACAUGGAGGCGCGAUUCCACCCAGUGCAGCGGGCCCAAGCGCCCAAUCAGCCCAAGUGCGACGAGAAUGACGAGUGCGUGGCGCCGCCGACAAAGCCUACGGUAGCAUACCACGACCCUGCACCGCGUCAACACCAACGGCAAGAACAACCGCCGCAGCGCUUCCACGAGCCACACCGCGAUCACCGCCAGCGCCGGCAGGUGUACCGCCAAGCGCCAAGCCGCGAUGAGGACGAGGACAUCUAUGACGAGUAUGAAGCACCGCCGCGGCGAGCGCGGGGGCAGCGCCGGCGCGUGGUCUAUGAAGACGACGAGGACGACUACGACGUACCGCCGCGUCGGGCUCGUUCGCGGUACCCUAGUCAAGCCGAGAUGGACGAGCGCAUCAAGCAGCAGGUCCGCGCACAGCUCAUGGAAGCCAGAGAGGCGCACGCGCACGUCCAAUGGGACGACAACGACGCGGGCAGCGUCUCGACCAAGCCCUCCAUGUGCUUGAUGUACCCGCUGCAGGGCGUUUGCGACUGGAACAUCCUUGCGGGGCUGCUCUGGACGGCCCUUGUCGUCGUCGUCGUCGCUGCUGUCUCGCGUCAAAGUCCGCCACGCGCCACCCCCGCGCCCAAAAAAGCCAAGGCGAAUUAGAUAUGAAUUUUGCUCAGAUGAAGCACUGAAAUGCACUACUGUAUGUGACAUGCUCA